CGCUCGCUCAGCAUCGUUGUUGUUGUCAGCGUGAGAUUGGUUGUUGAUUCAUGCCAAUCGAUUGUUGGCGAAAGGACAGCCACGACGGAGAUGAGUGCAGAGUUUGAACGCCGCAACGAUGGUGUGGCCGACCUGCGGCACAAGACGCAGCAGCGGCUCAAGCACGACGAGGAGAAGCUUCGCUUCUAUCAAGAGAAUGUAAAGAACCUGUCCCAGGCUACAGAUCGCAUGGAGAACUUGCUGUCCUCGUUCCUGCAGCGCUUGGAAGAUCUCCAGCACUCGAUCGAACCCGUCUACGAGGAGACGUCUGUCUUGACUCGGGCACGUGACAACAUUGAGCAAGUGUCGGAGCUGCUGUCGGGUGUGGAGCGGUACUACAGACUGGCUCAUGUGGCGCAGAAGCGAUUGGACAGGGGGCCUUCUUACGAGCUGGAGGAGUACAUUGACACUGUGAAGGAGAUGGACGAAGCCAUCGCCUACUUUGAAGACAACAACGCCAACAACCCGGAGCUCUCCCGCUUACGCACCAUGCGCAAGCGAUCACACGAUGCGCUCAUCCAAGAGUAUGGCGAGGUGCUGGAACGGUACAGUCUUCCACUGGAGGAGGCCGAGAUCCUCGCUCUCAUCGACUCGCAGACGCAACUGCGCCUGGCCGCGGUGCCGCCACACGAAGCACCAGAGGUGCACACGUCACUGUCAACGGAAACCAUCACCACGCUGAAGACGCUGGCUGAAUGGAUGAUCAUCACCUCCACACACGCUGACGAGUGCGUUGACAUCACCGCCAGGGUGCGCCGCGUUCCCAUGGAGUUGACCCUCGCCGGUCUCGCCCCAGAUAAUCGCCCAUCCACGCCAGCGGGACGAAGCAGGCAGGGUUUGGCGGGGACACCCGCCCGCGCAGCCAAGAAGGUCCAGGGUGUGCUGCAUCGUACGUCGUCGCUGCUGCGUAAAUCCCGCGUUGAUUCCAUUCGCAGACACAGCCAGAUCAUGGGGUCGCCAGGCAGGGCGACGCAACCGGACGCGGAUCGGACGGCCACCGACGCUUACGAGAAAGGCACAGAGCCGUUGCUUGAGUUUCUGGACGUGUGUCUUGCAUGCCUUCGCCAUGAGCACGCCACCCUUUGCGCCUUCCUUCCUCGACGUUACUGUGCGCGUGUGCUGUCGGACGUGUGCGAUCAAACACUCGACACCCUGCUCCUCAAGCUUCGCAAACUCACCACAGCUACCGGCAUGCAAAGCUCGCAACACCAGUACUUUUCCACGCUGGCUGCGUUUGAUGUUCUUCGCCGCCUCCAUGCGCUCGCGCCGUAUUUCGUUGCCGUCUUUGACGCCACGGACACAUCGGAGCAUCGACGCCGCUUCUUCCAGGCGCAGCUCGACCUGGCAGCGGUUGUGCGGGCGGUGCUGCUCGGGUUCCAGGAUUCCGUGAGCAGCGAUCCGCCGGCACACAAGCUGCCUGAGGACGGGACAGUGCACGAGCUGACAAGCCGCUCCAUCAAGUUUGUUGUGAGUGUCAUGGAGUAUCAUGAGGCAGCCGCGUCUGUGCUCGCCCACAAGCAGAGCGCAAACGCCGAUCGCGGCAUGCACUGGAUCGCGGGCACAGAGGCCAAAGUCACCCUCACAAACUGGCUUUCCUCAGUGUUGACGGCUUUGAAGGACAAUCUUGAGCUGAAGGCGCGGACGUACGAGGACCCGACCAUCCUCAACGUCUUUCUCAUGAACAACUACGCGUACAUUGUCAGUGCACUCAAGGGGAACGUAUUUGAAACCCAUGUGACGGAGGAAACACUGCGUGAGCUUGUUGUGCACUUUGAGGAGCUUGUGGAGACGGCAAAGGACCUUUACCUCAAGACGACAUGGGAAACGCUUCUGGGCGCGUUGAAGGUUGAGGCGGUGUCAACACCGCUGUCGAAGCGGGAAAGGGAUAUGAUCAAGGAGCGCUACACCACGUUCAACACGGAGCUGGAACGGAUUCAGGCCCUACAGCAGGAGUUUGCCAUUCCAAGCCAGGCGUUGCGGGAAGAGCUCACGCAGACGAACCUUGACACGGUGCUGCCGCGCUUUGUGGCGUUCAACAACGCAUACAGCACAUCGGGCUUCUCGCAGAAGAACCCGCACAAGUAUCUGCGGUUCUCACCAGAUGAUGUGGAGCGCAUGCUCAAGGCCCUCCUGGGCGGGGAUGACAUGGCGUAGCAAGGGCGCGUGUAAGUAAGUAAACCACACAACAAC